AUGGGAUGGUGUAUUACCGUGGUUCACAAUACGAAGUGGAAAGCUCCGCCUGAUACACACAUCAAAUGUAAUUAUGACGCCGGUUUCAAUGUCCAAAAUUUAGACUCCACUGCUAGAUGGAUUAUUCGAAACCAUGAUGGUAUUGCACAGCAUUGGGGAUCACUGCAACUCGACAACACAAGUACUCCGUUAGAGGCAGAAACAAAGGCGCUUCUGGCUGCCUUACAACAAACAUGGAUUAGAGGCUAUCUACGAGUGAUUAUGGAGGGUGACUGUGAAACUCUAACCAAUUUAGUCUCAGGAUCUUCUUCCCACAACCAUCUGGCAAAUCUUCUUGAUGACAUUCGGAUCUGGGCGAAGAAGUUUUCAAAUGUUCAGUUUAGUUUUGUUCGUCGGGGAGGAAACAAAGUAGCACAUGAGUUGGCAAAGCUUGGUUGCAAUUCAACAUGUUUUUAUUCUGAUUCUUGUACUUUACCUAUUUGGUUACAUCAACACUAUUGUAAUGACUUUGGUUAA